AGGAAGCAAACUGCAUUAUACAGUAUGCAUCAAGCACAAGAGAGAUUUAGAAAGCUUGCCAAGUACAAGAGAAGAACAGAAGCAAGAGUUGGAAAACAGACAUUAGGUACCACCAAGGAGAAAACCUAAGCAACUCACCAGGGCAGUUGAAGUGGAAGAAAAUCAAAAGCCAAGAUAGGACUCCAUUGACAGUGACAAAAGAAGAAGAGAGAGCAGCUCUGCACGAUGACCAACCCAAGCUAUGAAACCCAUAUUCCUGUCCCCCCAAAUCCGUCUCCUUAUCCUGAACAAAAAUCUCGUGAAGAGUCUGAUUCGCUUAAUUUCCAUGAGCUAGCACCCUCUCUGGGCUAUGGGGCAGCAUCCUCAAUGCCAUCACCACCCCAAUAUCAGAUGUAUCAAGGUCCACCUUCUGCAAAGGCUUGUCAAGAUCUAUUUGUUGAGUCUCAGGAGGAUAUCUUUAUUUCACAUGUCCAGACCACCAGUGAGCCUGACUACCUGCGCUACUCCAUCUGCACCAUGUUCUGCUGUUUCCUACCCUUUGGAAUUGUGGCUGUGAUUUAUUCCAUAAAGACUCAAGAAUCCAACCGAAAUGGGAACCAUACAGCUGCUCGAGAAAAUUCCAGGCUGGCCCGCAUAUUUAUCUAUUGGUCAGUUGGCAUCGGGCUCAUUCUGUGGACUCUGUACAUCACUUUAAUUGCAGUCCGCAAAUAGACAUUGUAUGAGAUCCAUUAAAAAUCAGGCACUGUAUGAGGGUCACAUCUUACAGCUUUACCCAAAAGCCUUUGUUAGAGGUAACAUUGUUGGUGUCAUACAGCUUUACCCCAAAGCUUUGGUUAGAGGUACCGUUUCAUUCAUAUGCACAUGAACUGAAUUGAUGACCAACAUUGGAGCAUGAGAACUUCAAAGCCUUGCACCUGAGCCAACUUUUAAGCUUCUAAAAGUUCUCCCUGGCAAUAACCCAUCCACAUCAAGUGAUAAAUCUCAUGUGUGAUGCAGCUCUAUGAUAUCAAAAGAUCCCUAGAUGAAGGUCACAGGAGGUCCAUUGACUGACUGGACAAUAUCUUUUUAGCCAGGGUUAUUUGUUUGUUUCUUUACAUGCACAUAAUUUAUAUUUCUUCUGGGAGUUUAAGAUCUAAUCUAUGGAUUCUCCUCUCCUUUUGGUUUAUCAUCAAAACAACAACGCUGUGACUUGGUGCAAAAACCAUCCAAUCUGUUCUAUAGUCAAACAGGAAACUGAAUUUCAGUCUUCCCUAUCCAAAUCCAACAUCUUAACCACUACUGCUAUACCAGACUGGGCCUCUUGUUCAAUGAACUGAUCAAUUGCCUUUAUAUUGUCAAGGAAAACAAUGGAAUGGUCUUAAUGUGAGUAAUAGGAUACUUUUUCAUUCCUUUGUCCAUUUUUUUUUUUUUCAUUUUAUUCUAGAGUUGGCCUUUAAAUGCUGGGCUUCACAAUGACAUUUGAAUUAACUUACGUAAGUUUAAUUAUAAUUAGUUAAAUUAAAUAUUUCCUAUAUAUUUGAGCAUUUCCCCUCUAGUCCCAUAACAUUUCAGCACUAACUUUCCAGAGCUAUCUUCAAGGAUUCAACCAAGUGAGGAAAUUAAAUUUCCUGAAGAUAUUUGGAACUACAGCUUGCACAAUCCUUAGCCCUCUGAAUAUCCAAAAUCCCCACCUGCUCUCUAGUGCUCCUAUCUAGCCAACCCAGCUUCUCUUAUUCAACUGUAAUUCUCCUCAAUAUUUCAUAGAUGAAAAUGAGAUAUGGCCUGGACUACUCUUAUUUAUUUAUUUAUUUAUUUAUUUAUUUAUUUAUGAGAGUUAUAUUCUUUUACCUUGAUCUCUACCUGGCUUGAGCCCUUAAGAUUCAUGCAAAUGAGUGAGAUCUGGGCCUGCACUUGAAUGCGUUGAUUCUGCAAGAGGCUUUCGUUGGCUACUUUGAGCACUUCUUGGCGUUAAAUCAAUCAAUAAAUCA